UUUGGUCCUUGGUGAAGGGUAUUUUCGUCUAUUAGCUAAGCGACGGUUUCAAAAACCCUAGCUGGCUCCCUCAUUUAUUUUUUCAUCUCCCUCGCCUCCUUAACUCACUCGGAUUCACCAGCGUUCCUCUGUCAUCCUUCUAAACCACAACGCUGCAAUGGCGUCGGAGAAGAAGCUUGCGAACCCAAUGAGAGAAAUAAAAGUACAGAAGCUUGUACUCAACAUUUCUGUGGGUGAAAGCGGAGAUCGACUCACCCGUGCCGCCAAGGUCUUGGAACAACUCAGUGGCCAAACCCCUGUCUUCUCCAAGGCUAGGUACACUGUCAGGUCAUUUGGUAUUAGGAGGAACGAAAAGAUUGCCUGUUACGUUACUGUCAGAGGGGACAAAGCAAUGCAACUUUUGGAAAGCGGUUUGAAGGUCAAGGAGUACGAGCUUUUGAGACGCAACUUCAGCGAAACUGGGUGUUUCGGUUUCGGUAUUCAGGAGCACAUUGAUCUAGGCAUCAAGUAUGAUCCUUCAACUGGUAUCUAUGGUAUGGAUUUCUAUGUUGUACUAGAACGCCCAGGAUAUCGUGUUGGUCGUCGCCGCAGAUGCAAGUCACGAGUUGGAAUUCAGCAUAGAGUUACAAAGGAGGAUGCAAUGAAGUGGUUCCAGGUCAAAUACGAAGGAGUCAUCCUCAACAAAGCCCAAAACAUUGGAGCUUAAGGAGUUGUGCUACAGACUUUUCAGUUGUUACUUUUUUAAGUUUUGCCGGUUGUCUACGUUAUGUUUAUGAGCAGUUUAUGUUUUCUCUUGGAAGAUUUCACUACUUGUAUUUUAAAGUACUCUGUGUGGCGUUCUUUUGGUUAUUUAUUAGAAUAUGGUUAUAGUAAUGCUUCUUGCCUUGUAUCAUACCUUGAUACUCUGGUGACUGCUUUAUUUGUUUGCAGCUGAAAAAAUUUCAUA